CCAGGCAUUUACCCUGCAGCCACUGGAAGAAGGGCUCCUACGCCCGCCUCGCGCCUACCAUGAUGUUCCCGGGGCUCCUCGCGCCCCCCGCCGGGUACCCCAGCCUCCUGCGCCCCACACCCACCUUAACGCUGCCCCAGUCUCUGCAGUCGGCGUUUUCCGGACACUCUAGCUUCCUGGUCGAGGAUCUGAUCCGCAUCAGCCGACCCCCUGCCUACCUGCCCCGCAGCGUGCCCGCGGCUAGCAUGUCGCCCCCCAGGCAGGGGACCCCCGCGAGUCUCCCAGACACCGUGGCGUCGGAUCUGGGCUCCCCGAGUCCCGGCAGCCGGCGGGGCGGAUCGCCGCAGACCGCCGUCUCCCCUGCCAGGGAGCCUACGUUCCUGAAGUUUGGAGUGAAUGCCAUUCUCUCCUCCGCUCCCAGAAAUGAAGCAUCCCCCGCCUUGCUCCAGAGCGGCCCUCCCAAGACCUUCGCCUUUCCCUACUUCGAAGGUUCCUUCCAGCCUUUCAUCAGAUCUUCGUAUUUCCCAGCUUCCUCCAGCGUCGUGCCCAUCCCCGGGACCUUCUCCUGGCCGCUGGCCUCUCGCGGAAAGCCCCGCCGGGGCAUGCUGCGCCGAGCCGUGUUCUCGGACGUGCAGCGCAAGGCGCUGGAGAAGAUGUUCCAGAAGCAGAAGUACAUCAGUAAGCCCGACCGCAAGAAGCUGGCGGCCAAGCUGGGCCUGAAAGACUCCCAGGUGAAAAUCUGGUUCCAGAACCGGCGCAUGAAGUGGCGGAACUCCAAGGAGCGCGAGCUGCUGUCCAGCGGGGGCUGCCGAGAGCAGACCCUUCCCACCAAACUCAACCCGCACCCGGACCUCAGCGAUGUGGGCCAAAAGGGCCCGGGGGACGAGGAAGAGGAAGACGAGGGCCGGGCCAGCCCUGGCCCCAGCCUGGCCUACCACGCGUCCCUCCAUCCUCGGCACCUGCGGGACCCGCGCUUGGAAGGGCCCCUGCCCGCCUCCCCUGCGCACUCGACAAGCAGCCCAGGCAAACCUUCGGACUUCUCGGACUCCGAGGAGGAGGACGAGGGCGAGGAAGAGGAGAUCACGGUGUCUUAGAAGCCUCCCUCGCCCCGGGGUACUGUUUCUAAGAGCUUUGGGUACUGUUUCUAAGUGCUUUGAAAUGGGAGAAGUGGGUGCAGUGGGGUGUUCACUUGCUUCCCACGGUGGACCCGUCACCUUAUCAAGGGCGCCCCCGCCCCUUCCAUGGCCCAAAGGAGCAUUUCCCCAGACACCUCUUAACUGCCCUCUCCACACAAGUGAAAUGCAGGCCUUGGCCCCAGCUUUAACUGGUACCCAAGGGCUACCUUCCAUCUUUAUUGCAAGCUAUUUUAAACACAGUGGCGCGUUCCCUCACAGCCUGGGUUUAGAGGGGAGCUAGGCCCUGCUGGUCCUUAGCAGCGAUAAA